AUGGUCCGCUGGCACUCGUUACCUACCGAGAUCCGUUGCAUGAUCUUGGAGGCCCUGGACGCACACCACGGAAUCGCACUCUUCGCUUCCGUCUCGAAUGAAUGGCGAACCUUCAUCGAACAGAGGAACUUUUCACAUAUCAGACUCAACCCCACGUGUCUCGACCACCUCGAACAGCUCAACGACCACUACAGGGGGCAGAUUAAGCAUCUAUGGCUCAAUAUAGAGCUCAAAGGAUAUACCUGUCGAGCAUGCCGAAAGAGAGAGUCGGCGACAUUGUCAUAUUCUAUUGCGGUGAUCCUGAGAGAAGCCAUCACCAGGUUAUUCCGCAUCCUGACGACGUGGAGAGAACCUUUGACUCUGGAACUUAACGUUUACUGCCCAAGCGACUCACAGCACUGGUUCAAGAACAGUUACUUCGGAGCUCCUGGCGAAGAUAAAUUCGAGUGUGAAAAGCCUAGUGAAGAUCUCAUUCACGAUCCCGGUCACGGGUGGGUUCAAGGCAGGGUCACUGAAGCGCCACCAGACGAUGCUCUACGACGCCCUUUUGGGCUAUCUGAGUUGAGAUUUCGAGAGAAUCUUCCUUCUGUCAAUGCCGUGACGAAAUUUGUCCUACGCCGCCAGUGCCGUCAGCAGUUCGAUCCUGAUGUUAUACGAUACCUUUGGUCAAAGCUACCAAACCUGGACGAGAUCCACUACGAACCAUGGCAGUCACACAUGAACGUAGUACAGCAAGUAUCAGAUAUGGAUUUUGUAAGAACAAUCCAACAUAUCCCAGCAAGCGUUAAAAAAUUCACCAUAUUCGAAGAUUUUAAUGAGAGUUUCCUGGAAUUGUAUGCACUUGGUAGAGGCAUUUCGCCAUUCUUAAAUCCAGGACGAGUCAGACUUCCUUUUCGCAAACUGGGCGGGGUAUUUGCUUUGCGAAGCCAGAGGCUUGAGCAUCUUUCCGUCGCUUUCAUGAUCGAUGCCCAGCAUUUCUUCGACGCGUGCCAGCCAAGUUGGAGAUGGCCUCGACUAAAAACUCUCACAUUGACACACCGAGCUUUCUCCAAGGCCGACGUCCAUCAGACCAAUAAGAUCUUCCAAACCGCUGCACAAGUCGCACUCAAUAUGCCUGAGCUUCAGGCGCUGACUAUGUGGCACGGAGAAAGAAGAGAAGCUUGCGCUUUUACCUAUCGCAGAGAGCAUGGUUCGAUAUGCUGGCAAGGCACAGUAGAUGUGAGGCUGGAGUCGAAGACUCUUGAGGCUUGGGAGAAGGUAGCUGUCACACACGCUGGCAGAGUGCUCACCGUUAACUCAAACGUGUUCAUGGAGGAUAUCACGUCUCAUGGGGACGCUAUUCAUCAUUUGGGUCUGCAUCAUGUCGUUGACAGAGUGUCGCUACAGCAAAUACGGAUCGAGAAUAGGGUCUCUUGGAUUUGA